UUCCACUGCAGCACUUUCAGCUGCUUGUGCCUUUGAGGUGCCUGUGCCUCACGUGGGAGUGCAGUGGGUUACUUUAAAGGGAAAAUCUGAUGAAACUUCUUCAAGAACUUGUUGUUACAUGUGAUAUCUUAGUGGAAUUUACCGGAAUGGAAAGGAGAGUCCUGACCUAGGAUCUGGAACAGAGCUGCAAAACCAUUAAUUUCUCAGCUGGCAGCAGAGGCUGAGAUGGGACUGGAAUUGCAAACAGCCUUGGAGAUGCUGGCAUGCCAUGGGUUGAUACACUGGCAAAUUAAUGUUCUCUUCUUGUGUUGCACUUAUUUACUAGUAACUCAUAGUAUUAGACCUGGUUUUUGACCACUGUGGAACAAUGAGCUGAUAGUUUCCUGAAUGGUUGAGGGUGAGAUUGCCUCCACUCAAAGCAACAAUAACAUACCGGAAAUACGCAAAGUAUAUACCAUUCACCCAGACUAAGAAAAGCUUUUUUCUAAAAGGAAUAAAAUAACCAUGGCAGAAUGUACAGGUUACAAGGAAACCUCAAAUCGGCACCUACGUUUCAAAUUGCAGAGCCUUAGUCGCCGCCUUGAUGAACUGGAGGAAGCAACUAAAAAUCUGCAGAAGGCAGAGGAUGAACUGCUUGACCUCCAGGACAAAGUUAUCCAGGCAGAAGGCAGCAACUCCAGCAUGCUGGCUGACAUUGAAGCCCUGCGGAAAAGAGUGCUGAAGAUUGAAGGCAAGGAUGAAGAAAUUAGGAAGGCUGAAGAGCUUUGCAGAUUAAUGAAAGAAAAACUUGAAGAGGAGGAGAGCCUCACUCGAGAUCUGAAGUCAGAAAUUGAACUCCUUCAGAGGAGAAUGGCAGAGCUGGAGAAGCUGGAGGAGGCCUUCAGCAGGAGCAAGAAUGACUGUACACAGCUGUGUCUUAGCCUCAAUGAAGAAAAGAACUUGACCAAAAAGAUAUCUACAGAAUUAGAAAUACUUAGAGUGAAAGUGAAAGAACUGGAAUCAUCUGAGGACAGGCUGGAUAAAAGUGAGCAGACCUUAACAGGUGAGUUAGAAAAGCUGAAAUCCUUAGCCCUGAGCUUCAUCACGGAAAGAAAACAUUUUAACGAAAGAGAAAAGCAAAAUGAAAAAAUAAUCCAGGAGCUAACACAGAAACUAGAACAAAACAAUAAACUAAAUAGGGCAGAUCAAACUAGAAAUGCAUCCAACUUGCUAGAAAGGUCAUCCAACAAUCUCCUGGACAGAAAUGAUAUGAGAAUUGAAGAUGACUUGAAUUCUGCACUGCCUUCUAAGGAGACCAGGAGGAAGGGAAGUGUGGAUUACUUGAAACAUGUAGAAAAUGAAUCCAGGAAUAAAUCAGAAAACCAAAAGAAUAAAAACCAGGAAGACAACAAAGUGAAAGAUCUCACCCAAGAAAUUGAGAAACUUAAAACUCAGAUCAAACAUUUUGAAUCUUUAGAAGAAGAACUUAAAAAAGUGAGAGCCAAAAAUAAUGAUCUGCAAGACAGUUACUUGAGUGAGCAGAAUAAAAACAAACUCUUAACAGGUCAGCUAGAAGAAAUAAAAAUGCAAAUAAAGAAACAGAAAGAUCUGGAGAAUGGAGAAGUUGAAAAUGAAGAUACAAGCUUUUCUAGCAGGGGAAAACAUGACCGACCUAAAUACAGAGGUGUCAUGACUGAUUUGACAGCUGCUAAGCACAAGCCAAGGGAGCUCUCACCGCAGCAACGCCGGGAAAGAGCACGGAACAGAGACUUCUCUGUCAGUAAUGACAGCUACAGCCAUGGUGGUAAGCAGGUACCCAGUCCAAACUUAAUGAACAGAAAAGCAGGGAAAGCAUCUGGUGCAUCUGCGUUUUCAGACACUGCUGUCACAGAUACAAGAAGACUGGAAGAGAAACCUUUAGUUUCCACUAUUUCUUCUGGUCAGAAGGAAGGCUGCAUCAUGCAGAAUGAGGGGAAGAGAUCCAAAGAGCAGCCAUCUGUCCUCAGCCGAUAUCCUCCUGCUGCACAAGAGCAGAGGUCUUGGAAAACACCUUCCAAACCUGUUGGUGACACAGGCCUGAGAUCCAAGGCUGAAAAGCCAUCUCAGGUGCUCCGUGGCAACUGCCAAAAUGGUGCUGACACACGGGAUGAAAAGUCAAGCAAAGGAGAAUCAAUGGCUUCUUUGGCUGAGAAGCUGAAAACAAGUCAGGCUGAAGUUGCUGACUGCUUGGAGGACAUGCAGCUUGCAAAGGGUAACCACACCUCUGCCAAUGGCAUGGCUUCAGCAUACAGGUACCACAUGUCCUCCAACGUGUCAGUCUCAGACUCGGCUGGCUCUAAAGUAGAAGCAGCGAGCACUUUUGCUGCAUCACACAGACAGCCCUCAGAGGGGAGGGCUAAAAGGGCAGCAGUCUCCCAGGAAAAAGAAACUGCAGACACGUCACUUGAAAGUGUGAAGCUUUCAAUGCUAACAAAGCGUUCCCAUCACUCCAGGAGUCAGGAAGACAUUCUGCAGAUUCUCACAGGUCUUGAUAAAGAAGACACAGAACAGUCUUCAAAUUCAGCGACAGAUCAUGUAAAGAUGGGUUUAAAAACUGACUCCAAAACCAUCCAGAGUAACCAGGAAAAACUUAAUUUAGAUGAAGAAUCAGGAAGAGGUAAAAAACCAACCACUCAGACAGAUUCUGAGGCAAGAAAGAAAGUCAGUUCCAAGCAGUUCUCCAAUUCUAGGGGAGUUUUUAGAGCAUCACUUUUUGAAAAUGACAAAAAAACUGUGAAUGAUGAAGACUCUACCCUGUGCAUAAAACCAUCAGAUGCCAGCACUGGAGGAUUGAAAUCCAGAAGGUCGUUCAGCCCAAGAGAAGCUCUAAGAUCAAAAGCCAUCAUUAAACCUGCAAUUGUUGAGAAGGAUAUGAAGGCAGUCAUGGGAGGGACUGUUUCAGAGGCAGAGUCAGAAAAACAGAAAUCUGUUUUUAAAAUGGUAACAAAUAAAAUGACAAGCAGUAUCACAAUCUUUCCUUCUGAGCCAACAGCUCCAAGGACAACUGCAGAUAUAGCAGCAAAGGAAAGGCAUGUUACCACCAGCAACAUCAGAGUUGCUUCAAAUGAGCCUUCACCAUCAAUAACAAACAAUCUCCCUUCACCCUUUGAGAUCUCAGUUAAUAAAAGUGCUCUGAAAUUAUCUGAGACAGAUAGAAGUGGAGAGGCAGCACUGAGGAGUAAAGCCGAAACAGUGGUCUCCAGAAGCAGCAUUAUGCUAAAGACUUCUGAACUUGUGGAGAGGAACAGUGAGACACCUUUGGAGACAAUCAGCUGGAAGGGCCAUGGCUCGUCAGAUACAGGUUCAUCCGAAACAAAGCAUGUCACUGUGAGAAGUUCCUGGAGAACAAGACAAGGACCACAUUCCCUGGAGGACUCUCAAACCAAAGUGGAGAAAAGUGCAGCUUGCAGUGCCACAAACUUGUGUAGGUCCUCAGUGGACCUUUUGGAAGUGGAAGGGAAUAGUUUGAAAACAGACUCCCUGGAGCAGACUUCAUCAAGGACGAGUGCCACAGCUAAUUCUUGGAGUGCCCCUGAACUGGGGUCCCGAAGGACCAAAAGUAACUUAAGUGCAUCUGAACUGCUAACACGCAGGAACUAUGCAAGUAAUCCUACAGCAGCUGCUGCUUGGCAGCGGACCACACUACCUGAUGAAAGCAAGGAUUUUGUGUCCAGUUCCAGAAGGAAGCAGUACGGAUCUUCUGAGUACCUCUUACAGGCUGACACUUCGGGGAGAAGGAUAGCCACCAAGGUAGAGCUGCAGGACCCUGAAUCCAACUUCCCUGCACCACCAGGUCUCCAGGGAGAGGAGCAGGGUGCUUCCCGGGCCUGCCGGACAUCUCGGAGAUGAGCUGCAUUCCCUUCUUCUCAGUGAACAUGGUGAAGCAAGAGGCAGGAUAGUACCAAGCUCACGGGCAUCACACCUGUUUGUAACCUCUCCAGAGGCUUCAACUAGCCUGAAACCAGUUUUGUAAUGCGAUUUGAAAGGUACAGGAGCUUUACCAGUGAAUUCUUUUUCAUCAUUGCUGAAGAGGCAGCUGCAGAGACUUUGCUCAGGGGACUCCCACUUGUCAUCUCUGUACCUGCAAUCUUAAUCUUCCCUGUAGGAUGAUAGGUCUGUCUCCAUAUGGAAACUCUGACUACCUAGUCUCUCUGAACAAUGGUACUCCUUGGACAAGAGAGAGCUUCUUGUUAUUCACUUGCAUUCACACAAGAUCCCAGCAGUGUCCCUGUGACUACAUCCACCAGCCCAUGACAGCUGUCCACCACAAUUGAAAGCUUUCAAUUCAUAUGGAGAGUUUGCAUUCUCCUAAUACACCCUUGUUGGCUGGGGUAGUGGUCAUCUCAGUACCUGUGUUUCCAGCACCCUUUGUCUCUCGGCAAGCGGAGACUGUUCCCCACUAGUUACUUUACACAUUGAGAGGGAAGGAGAGCAGAAAAUGUUGUUUAGAAGGAGUUGGUUCCCUAUCACUGUCAGUCUCUGCAACAAGCUUUGCAUGAUCUAUUCAUCACCAGUUGAGAUCACCAAGAAGUCAUCCACUGAGCCAAACCAACACAGCAGCAACACCUCCUGCUGCCUGGGACCAGGGUGUCAUUUACCCAAAGCUUUAUGUGUGUCACACUCUGAAGACAACAAUUCUGUGGCUUGUGCAAGGCAGUUGAGCCCUAAGAGAAAAAGAAACAAGUGCUUUUCCUCAUAGACAAGCAGAAUGUCCUUGUUCCUUCCCAAAACAGGGUGGAGACAGAUGCUCUGGACCCUAAGCUGAUCUACAGUAGCCUUGAUCUGUGCUUCAUCCCCCAUCUGCCAUGUCUGGAACCCAGGUAUGGUCAGAGACUGCUUCAAACACAGAGGUGUUUGUCCCCAUCAGUGUUGUCGGGCAGACAUGGUCGCCACAGCUCCAGGAGGUGCUCAGGUGCUGGAGCAGCAUCUGUCCUGAGCAAGGCGAUUGCACAGACAGGGCUUGGACAGUCCUUCCUUUCCAUCUCAUGCCCCAGCUGCUGGGCUGGCCCCUACACAAACACCACUGACUCCCCCCAGUGUUUCCUGCUGCCUGUCCCUCUCUGCAGUGGGACAAAGAUAAUGCUCUAGACAGAAAAGGUCCCUGAUCUGUUUCAGAGGUGCUGUGGGAAGAGCUGCACUCCAAUAGCUUUCAUGUCUGAGUUGCACCCCACACUUGUUCCCAUAUCCCACCUCCAGAGGAGCAGCUACCACAGCCAUCUGACUGCCUGUACUUCACCUUCCUGUGCCGUAGCUCCUCCCUGGUCUGGGAAAUAUACCGCUCAAUUCUGAGAAGAAAAUGAAUUAAAAAAAAAAUAGAGCUGGUUGCAAAAUACCUGUGAAAACAUUUAUAUAAAAGGGAUAUGUUUCAGUGACAUGAUUAUUUUUUUUAUAAAAAUUGUUUGGAGGAAGGGAAAAAUUAUUUUUGAAAAAAAGUGUUUCUUUUUGAAAUUUUAAAGAUGUUUGCCCAAGUGUAUAUUUUUAGCCCUUCAUUUUAUUCUUUUACAUGUCAUGACAUAUGUGUCAACUUGCAUAACAAGAUAAAAAGAUAAUGCUUUUAAAUUAGUACUGAGUGGAAGCUCUAAUAAUCUUUAAAUUAUAUUAAAAUAAAUUGUAUCAGCUGCUCUCUCUUA